GCAUUUAAGUCAACGACUACAGGGACAUCAAGAAGUAACAUAUCAAGCAAUAGUGGGUUCUCUGCGGGAAGUGGCGAAGAUGCUUACCCUGAGGGUCAGAUACUUCCCAUUCCGAAUCUGAGGAUAUUCAGCCUCGCGGAACUCAGAGCUUCAACAAGGAACUUCAAGUCUGAGAAUGUUCUUGGAGAGGGAGGAUUUGGUAAAGUCUUCAAAGGCUGGCUUGAAGAGAAAGGUCCCGGGAAUCACAGCACUGGGACUGUGAUUGCUGUCAAGAAACUCAACUCCGAAAGCUUCCAAGGAUUCGAGGAAUGGCAAUGUGAGGUGAAUUUUCUUGGAAGAGUUUCUCAUCCGAACCUCGUGAAGCUGUUGGGAUACUGCUUGGAAGGUGACGACUUGCUUCUUGUGUAUGAGUAUAUGCAGAAAGGAAGCUUAGAGAAUCAUCUCUUCCGAAAGGGUUCUGUUGUUCAGCCGCUCUCAUGGGAAAUAAGGCUUAGGAUCGCAAUAGGAGCAGCUAAAGGCUUAGCGUUCCUGCACGCUUCAGAGAAGCAAGUAAUUUAUAGAGACUUCAAAGCUUCUAACAUUCUACUUGAUGUGUCGUAUAACGCAAAGCUAUCAGAUUUUGGAUUUGCGAAGCUAGGUCCUUCCGCGAGUCACUCUCACAUCACAACACGUGUUAUGGGUACACAAGGUUAUGCAGCUCCGGAGUAUGUUGCUACAGGUCACUUGUAUGUAAAGAGUGAUAAUUACGGGUUUGGUGUUGUCUUGGCCGAGAUCUUGACUGGUUUACGCGCGCUUGAUCUUACUCGUCCCACCGGUCAACACAACCUAACCGACUGGAUCAAGCCUCAUCUAUCCGAAAGGAGAAAGCUUAGGAGCAUAAUGGACCCUCGUCUUGAAGGAAAGUACCCUUUCAAAUCCGCUUUCCGAGUGGCUCAGCUGGCUCUGAAAUGCCUCGAACCGGAGCCCAAGAACCGUCCGUCGAUGAAAGAAGUGGUGGAGUCGCUCGAGCUCGUUGUAGCCGCCAAUGAGAAACCGUUGGAGCGAAGGACGAGCAGAGCUUCACCAAACGUCGGUCACCAACAAGGCCAUUUUCGCCGGGAACAUCUCUCUACGUUUCAGCCGAGGCGAAACGCUGCUCGAGCUCAC